UCGAGGCUCGCGGUUUGAAAUUGGAUCCCUUUCCAUCCCCGUCCCUUUCGGAAAGCCGCUUCGGGUGGCCAAGACUCUUCUGCUGCUUCCCUUCUGCAAGCGAAAGCGCCUUGGAAAAGGGAAAGAGGCAGCUGGAGCCGAAGCGGCGCCCGAGGAGCAGGAAGCGUGGGCAGCCGCGGGGCGAGUGGCAUGAACUUGGAGGGCGGAAGGAGCAGCACUCGCCUCGCUUCCACUCUCGCCAAGCCCAGAGGCAGCAGCAGCACAAGCGCCAGCGGCAUGAGCUCAGUGAGCUGCGGCAACGGGAAACUCCGCCAGUGGCUGAUCGAGCAGAUCGACAGCAGCAAGUACCCGGGCCUGGUGUGGGAGAACGACGAGAAGAGCAUCUUCCGCAUCCCCUGGAAGCAUGCCGGCAAGCAGGACUACAACCGCGAGGAGGACGCCGCGCUCUUCAAGGCAUGGGCUCUGUUCAAAGGAAAGUUCAGAGAAGGCUUCGAUAAACCAGAUCCUCCGACUUGGAAAACACGGUUACGCUGUGCUUUGAAUAAGAGCAAUGACUUUGAGGAACUGGUUGAAAGAAGCCAGCUGGAUAUAUCAGAUCCAUAUAAAGUGUACAGAAUAGUACCAGAAGGAGCAAAAAAAGGCACAAAACAGCUUAACAUGGAAGAUCCACAGAUGAUUAUGAAUAAUGCCUAUACCCUGAAUUCUUCAUACUCUGCACUACAGCCUCAGAUGCCAAGCUAUAUGAUGACCCAUGAGCGUAACUGGAGAGACUAUGUUCCAGAGCAAUCACACCCUGAGAUCCCAUACCAGUGUGCAACUGUGCCUUUUGCAGCUCGUAAUCAUCACUGGCAAGGUCCACCAUGUCAGAAUGGAUAUCAAGUGACUGGAACCUUUUAUGCUUGUGCACCACCCGAGUCUCAGGCUCCUGGGAUCCCAAUAGAGCCAAGCAUAAGGUCUGGUGAAGCUCUUCCAUUGUCAGAUUACCGACUGCACAUCUGUCUGUAUUACCAUGAAACUCUUGUGAAAGAAGUAACAACUUCAAGUCCUGAGGGCUGUCGGAUUUCUCAUGGCCAAAGCUAUGAAGUCAGUGGCCUAGACCAAGUUUUGUUCCCAUAUCCAGAAGAUCAUAGCCAAAGGAAAACAACUGAAAAAAUGCUAAGUCACCUGGAAAGGGGAGUCAUACUCUGGAUGACGCCUGAUGGACUUUAUGCUAAGAGACUCUGUCAGAGCAGGAUCUAUUGGGAUGGGCCUCUCGCGCUUAGCAAUGACAGACCUAACAAACUGGAAAGGGAACAAACAUGCAAACUUUUUGAUACUCAGCAAUUUUUAUCAGAACUGCAAGCCUAUGCUCACCACAGGCAGCCUUUGCCUCGAUACCAGAUUGUUUUAUGUUUUGGAGAGGAAUUUCCAGAUCCACAAAGGCAGAGAAAACAAAUUACUGCCCAUGUUGAGCCAAUGUUUGCAAGGCAUCUAUACUACUUUGCACAGCAAAACACUGGACCUGUCCUAAGAGGCUAUGAUAUCUCAGAGCAAGUCCCUCCUCCAGAAGAUUAUCACCGAUCUAUCCACCAUUCAGCUGUUCAGGAAUAAGCACAUGAUGGACACUGUACUUGUAGUGCCAAGGAGAAUAUAGACAUGUUACAAGAGUCUUUUGAUCACAACUAAAGGAUGUAUGUCAGCAGUUGAAUUUUCCCUAGGAAGCAAAAGACAACAAUCUUCGAGGAGUUGACACAGAAAAGCUGAAAAAUAUUCUACAACAGAUAUGGGUCUCCCUGGCCUUUUAUUUUUGGGGAAUCCUGGAUUGCAAAUGCCACUGGUCAAGAGAUUGUGUAAAAACUGACAAAAUUGCUGAAAUGUUUACAUGUCUCAAGUUGUAGACUGUGUCUUGUAGAGCUAGUUUCAGAUUUCCUAGUUGUUUAUUUGAUGAAAAAUCUCAGGGUGCAAAUUGCUAGACAAAUUGCUAGCUUGCUGAAUUUUGUGGCUCUCCCAAAAUACAUAUAAUGCAUUGAAGUUUUAUUAUUUUGAAAUUUUUAUAACAAUGCUAUUUUAAUGUUUUUUGUAGAAUUCAAUGAAUGUUGCAAUGUAC